AUCCAAUAUCAGUUUUGAGCCUGCGCAGUGGAGUGGCUCUAGAGGAGCGAGAAGACCGUUCGCCAUGUUCAAAAUACAGAAUCUUUAUUGCUCAUGAUAGUUUUGUCCACCGAUCGAGUUUAAAUAAAGAGCUGGAUUAUUUGAAUUACAGUUAAGUUCCCCAUGGAGCUCCCAAAUUACAGCCGGCAGCUAAUGCAGCAGUUGCACACCCUCCGCAAGGAGGGCCAGUUCUGCGACUGCACCAUCCUGGUGGGCGACGAACCUCACAGGGCCCACAAGCUUGUGCUAGCCGCCUCCAGCCUGCUCUUCAAGUCUGUGCUGGAGGGUUCGGAGAGCAUCUCCAUCGACCCAGCCGUGGUCACCUCACAGGAGUUCUCCAACCUGCUGGAGAUGGUCUACACGGGCAAGCUCCCCCCAGGCAAGCACAACCUCACCCGGGUCAUCACCGCCGCCGACAGCCUGCAGAUGUUCGACGUGGCCGUCAGCUGCAAGAACAUUCUCACCAGCCUAAUGAAGCAGUCGCCCGUGCAGUCUCCCGUCAAAGACCAACAGAGCUCUGGCUCCGACACCCAGAUGGCUGGCACAGACGCUGCUAUGCCAAGCGCAAAUAAGGAGCCUUCACCGGCCAACCUGAGUGGGGCUCUGCAGGAGACCGUGAUGGCAGCAGCCGAAUCUGGGGAUCGAGAGGUCAUCAAUGGCUCUAGUGAGUACGCUGCCGUUACAGAGCAGCUGGGUGAUCAGUCGGCCAUGCAGGAUCUCCACAGUGGUCUUGAGGCAUCACCUUGUAAAAAAGCCCGCCUGGAAUCAUCGGAGAACACAGGGACAGAUGAUGGAGACUUGACAUUCCUGUUCCAGAGCUUGGACAGGGUCUCUGAGGUGGCAUGGGACAUCCAGCCCUGGCUGAAAACAGUGGAGACAUGGGAGGCCAUUUCAAGUGAAGAGAGACAGGUCAUUCUAGACUGCUGUAAGGAAGACCCAGAAGGUUCCGGCAUUCUGCGCAGACUGUUGAGCAGAGUGACAGAGGGCAAGAGCCUGUCGUCACGCACCGUCCUCGCGUUUCUGGGCCUCUUCAAGGAGGCCAACCCGGAUCUCACCACACUGCUACAGAAAGGGACAGAGCCCCAGGAAGAGGAUAGCGUGGAGCCUGAAGGCGAUGAUGUUUGUGUGACAGAGCAAGCCGUCGGGGAGCCGCUCAGGAGCAGAGUGCUGCUGGACUACUCUGCAGAGCUGAUCGAGAGCCUCUCUGGGAUCAGCUCCCUCUCGGAGAGCCUGAUCGCGGCGGCGGAGGGCUGCCUGGACGAGCAGGAGAGGAAGGUGGUGCAGGAGUGCUGUGGAGGCGCGGACCCCCGGGAGGCAGCGGAGCGCCUGGUCACGCGGGUGGAGGAGGGGGAGUUGAGCGAGGGGGGCCUCCUCAGGGUGCUCCAGGCCCUCGAACACAGCUCCCCCAGCCUGGAGCAGCUGCUGGCCAGGGUCCAGACUCACCGGGACGCCACCGAGAAACCUUCUGCUGAUAACCCGGAGGAGGAACGUGCAGCCAGUCUGUUGGCAAAGUACCGCUGCAGAAUCACAGAAUCACCCUUAGAUCUCCAGGCCCUUCAGCGCAGCCUGGAGGCAACGGCUGGUAUUGCAGCAGAAGAGAGAGAGUGUAUCCAGGCCCAGCUGAAUGAGGACGGCGAUGCUCAGUGUGUGGACAGGCUGCUCUCUGUGGCGCUGGACGGAGGCUCCGGCCUUGCCCUGACGGUGUGGAGGCUGCUCUUCCGAGCAGGAGCCUGGGACCCAUCCCUGGGCUCGCUCGUCCAGGAGGUCAGGGAGGAACCUGGAGCCCAGAAACUCCUGCACUCUGUUAUGGACUCUGAGAGCCUGCACCUGGACCUCCUCUUGAAGCACAGAGCGUUGAUCCUGGAGGCGGUGGGUGACGUGACCGUCUCCGAGGAUCUGCUGAAGGAAACGGAGAGUGCGCCGCAGGAAGUCGCUGAGUUCAUGGCGCGCUGCGGGACGGGGGAUGAGAGCGCGUCCCUGAAGGACGUCCUGGGACGCGUCUUGGAGGAGCAGUCGCUCCCCGCCCGGCCCUUCUGCACCCUGCUCUCCCUGAGCCAGGGGGCCUUCCCUCAGCUCCUGCCCCUCAGAGAAGACCUGGAGCAGGCAGGGAAGGAGGCGGAGCUGAGGGCGGAGCCGCAGGCGGCCGGCGGCGCACCGCAGGACGAGCCGGGCAAGGGGAAGAGGAAGGAGUGCUUCUGCCAGUGGUGCGGGAAGGCCUUCGCCUUCAUGUGCCGGAUGGAGGUGCACCGCAAGAGGUGCCGCCUGUCCCAGGAAACGCGCCAGCGCUGCCCCCAGUGCCCCCAGGAGCUGCCCAACCCGCGGGCGCUGAAGCAGCACCUGUCCCAGGCCCACCACACCCCCGUCGCCAAAAAGAGGAAGAGGCAGGAGCAGGUGGCCUGCGACAUCUGCGGGAAGACCUUCGCCCACCCGUCAGGCAUGAUGUACCACAAGCGCACCGAGCACUUCGACGAGAAGCCGUACGUGUGCAAAGAGUGCGGGGCCAAGUUCGCCGCCAACUCGUCCCUGAAGAACCACAUGCGUCUGCACACGGGCGAGCGGCCCUUCCUGUGCAAGCACUGCGACAUGAGCUUCAGCCAGGCCGCCGCCCUCUCCUACCACACCAAGAAGAAGCACUCCGAAGGAAAGAUGUACGCCUGCCAGUACUGCGAAGCGCUGUUCGCCCAGUCCAUCGAGCUGACGCGCCACGUGCGCACGCACACGGGGGACAAGCCGUACGUGUGCCGGGAGUGCGGCAAGGGCUUCAGCCAGGCCAACGGGCUGUCCGUUCACCUGCAGACCUUCCACAACAUAAUGAACCCCCACGACUGCCAGAAGUGCCGGAUGAGUUUCCCGUCCCUGGAGGAGCACAGGAAGCACAUCCUGCAGUGCCACCCCAAGGAGUACCACCAGUGCGACGUGUGCAGCAAGGUCUUCACCACGGCAACGCUGCUCAUGAAGCACAUGGUCACCCACAUCGGAAAGAAGCCCUUCAGCUGCAAGAUCUGCCACAAGGCUUACCAGCAACUCUCUGGACUGUGGUACCACAACCGCACCACCCACCCGGAGGUGUUCGCUGGGCAGGGCCCCCGCCUGCUGAAGUCUGUGUUUCAGUGUACGAGCUGCAACAAGGCCUUCUGCACCAGCGCCAGCCUGGCCAAGCACCAGAAAACUGAGCAUCCGGAGAAGCUCUAUGAGUGUGAGGACUGCAAAGAGACCUUCACAGGCUGUGAGGCACUGCUGGCCCAUAAGAAGGAGCAUCACCCAGACUCCGAGACGUUCAGGUGCCUGUACUGCCCCACCGCCUGCGAGAGCGCGGCGGAGAUGCAGCAGCACCUGUGCAGCCAGCACUUCGGCGAGCAGAGCCAGGCCUUCGGCUGCUCCCACUGCAGCCUCGUCUUCCCCACCCAGCUGGAGGUGCAGGAGCACUUCCUGUCCCAGCACCAGGACGUCCUGGAGGAGGACCCCCAGGCCUCCAGCUCCCAAAUGGUGAUCCAGGCGGAGGAGCCCUCGGGCGGGGCCGAGCAGGUGAUCGCCCUGCACCAGUCGCGGCUGGGCGGCUCGCAGGUGUACGUGGCUCUGGCGGACUCGUCGAGCGGCCCGCCGGGCUCCGAGAUCGUGGCGGUCAAUGUGGACGACCUGCUGGACGGCACCAUCGCCUUCAUCUGCGAGGAGGGUCAGCAGUGAGGCCCGGGGACCGCGCCUCUGGCCUCCGAAACGCAGCCGCGGGACGCGCCGGGCGAACGAAACGGAACCCAGCGGAGGUUCUGGGGCCCGCCAGGUACUCAAAACUCAGCCCUUUUUAAAGGCCGGUGAAAUGACGAUGGUGUGUUUGGUCUGACCAGCGCUACGCUUCUUUUGGAAAGACAUUAAGGAAUUUAAAGUUUCUAAACCACCGUUCGGACCUGUACGUUCUGUGAUGGCUGUAAUUCACGUUGUUGAGAAAUGGCCUAACAGCCCUCAAGUCAUUGUCUUAAAAGAAUAACCCAUUUUAUCUUUAAAUCUAAAUGUACUAAAGUUUACUUAAAUAACCAAUUAGCCUAUUUAAUAAGGACCAUUUUAAAACCAAAAUUACGACGGUAAAGUUUAGUUUCUCAAGGCAUCUGGAAGUAACUUUGAAGGGCUGAUUGAUGAGAGUUUCGCACUUCCAAGGGAGGAAACACCUUCACUGGGUUUAUGUUAACACGGCCGUGAUUGGAGCCCCUUCCGCAGGGUUUAUGUUAACCCAGCUGUGAUUGGAGGUCCUUCCGCAGGGUUUAUGUGAGCACAGCCACGAUUGGAGGUCCUUCCGCAGGGUUUAUGUGAGCACAGCCACGAUUGGAGGUCCUUCCGCAGGGUUAAUGUUAACACAGCCGCGAUUGGAGCUCCUUCCUUGCUUCCUCCAUGUCUGUUCAGUCUCUGGAUGCACAGCGCCUCCUGCAUGUAUUCCUUCUGUCUUUACCUGCCGUCAUUCCCGCUGUUAGUGUGUGUAUUUAAGCUACGUUUCCUGCCCAGACCUUGUGGUGUGUGUGUGUGUGUGUGUGUGUUUGGUAGGCAGCACUGUUUUCAGAAUGGCAGGUUUCACUCAUACCACCCCACUCCGGGUCAAAGGCAUGGGAUAAACAGAUAUAUAAACAACCUAUGAAUUAAGAUGGUACAUUUUUGUUUUAUUAUCAUCAUCAAUUCGGGCCAUCUGUUUUUUGGCCUUGUGUAGUCCAUUAGACCUUGUUGAACUUUAUAUUUGUACUGGUCAAAUACAGCACUCUGUUUAGAAACCCUUAAAUGACAUACAAAUGGCAGCCCUCCCUAAUUGUGGUUAGUGAAGUAAUCCUGUGGAUUGUUUUUGUGUCUGCUUUCCAAACUGGCAGAAUUAUUAAUCUAUUUAUUUUUGUGCGUUGCACUGUCUGGAACUUAGGUACACAAUUGAAUAAAACGGUCAUUCAUGGUUAAAAGAAAAUUACAAUACAA